CUAAUCAUCGAACUAUUACACAUCCCUAGCUUCUGCGCGUGUUUCAAUGAAAAAAGGCGAAAAAUAGUGCUAAAAACUUGUUUUUCACGCGUAAUUCAAGCGCUAAAAGCAUUCAACUUAUGAAAUUCCCAUUCCACAUUCAAAUGCCAAAGUGUUGCAACUGAAACACUGUGGAAAAGAGCGCAAACAAAGUGGGCAGAAUAUAAAAUGCAUAGCGUGGACGGCGACGUGCAAAAAGAAGAAAAAUUUUUACCCCUCACAAGAGACGCGCAAAAAGGCCACCAUUCGUGUUGGCCUGGACUAAAAUAAAUAAUUGCAUGCAAUUGUGAAAUCCACUUGCAUAACGAUUGCGAGUCCUGGGCGUUUAUAAACAAUUGAAACCAGGCGCAAACCGUAAAUUGUAUAAGUACGCUGAGGGGUGGGGGCGCCCCGUUCUUGUUCCGUCUCGUCUCGGCAAAAAUCUCUCAGUUUCGUCGGACUCGGUCUCUUUUUGGUUCAGUUGUGCAGCGAACUUCCGUGAAAUCGGUUGAAAUCGUUCUCUAUUUGUGUUUUGCGCGCGUAAAAUUCGUCGUUCUCUUUGGCCUCUCUCUCCUUUCUCUCUCUCUGCCGCCUACAAUUUGUGGGAAAAUUCUACCUAAGCAGAGGUACAGCAACAACAAUAACAUACUGAGCAGAAACAACAAAAACACACGGGAGAAGAAGAGCAGCUGCGUAGAGAACAGCGAAAAACGAAAAAAUAGAGAGAGCGAGAACCGGAACGGAUUCAACGCCAACGGCAUGCAAAGCGUGUGAAUGCAUAAAAUAUGAUGGAAGCAUUGGAUCAGCAACAAGCCAAGCUAACGUCUAACCGAGAUGAUGGAGAAGCGGGAACAGGAUCGGAAACGGGAUCGGGAGCGGGAACAGGAGCUGCUGGCGAGGAAGACGACUUCGAGGAGCCUCAUCAUGCGCUGGGCCUGGCGGAGGAGGAGAGCGAGACCAACCAGCACAGGGAGAACAACAACGCCCGGGAGAAAGACGAGGGAAAGCGGAAAAAGAGCGCCGAUGACGUGAUAGACUUAACCCUGGCAAAUGGCCAGGACAGUAGAGAUGCGCAAGGGAAAAAUUUAAAUGAAACAGAGGAGGCUGGGCUGGCACACAAAUCUGUGGAGGAGGAAUCUCAUGGGGAUGUUAAGGAAAAGACUACAGAAACUCCAGACAAAGAAGCAUCUUCUCUCUCUACAGAUCUUGUAAAGCAAGAACCGGCAGAAGAUAGUUCAGAAGAACUCCAGAAUCCCGCCAAAAUCCCAUUGCAAGCGGAGUUUCUAGAUGAUAUUAAAUUGGAGACCGAUGUGGAGGACAAAGCAGGAUCCUUAAGUGAUAACGAAAUGGAGUUCUUAUCUGAUCCAGAGGAGCAGGCAUUGGACUCUCCCGAAGCUAAACCUAUAGAAGAAACUAUGGAGACGGCAUCCCAUAACCUGCUAAGCGAAUCAGAGAGUGAGGAAAUUGAAGAAAAAUAUUCCCCGCCUGCCAAUGAAGACUCUGAAAGUAAAAAUGAAGAACAAGUUUAUCCCAUGCCAGUUAUAGAUCUGGAAUCCGACUCGGAUAGUGAGGAAAAAGAGUUCUUAUCCAUUAAAGAUCCCAAUAGCCCUGCUGUGCGCAGUGAGGAAGGCAAGGUUGACUCACAGUCUUUAAAAAAUCUUUAUAAAGAUGCAGUUGGUGAGGAUAUUUCCAAUGGAGAGCUUAAAGUGAAUGAAAAGCCAUUGAAGCCAAAUUGCGAAUCUCUUCUAGAGGGAUCCGAUACGGUGGAUUCUCCUUCGUUAACCAUGGACGUGGAUCUUCCAAGCAGCGAAAAUGAAGAAGCGCCCUGUGGUGUCGUCAAAAUUGAGUCGGAUUCGGAAGAUGAAGUUCAGAGUAAUAGUGUCAAGUCAAAGGAACCUGCUAUUGAAGUUGUGCCGCCAAUCAAACUGAAUGGGGCUCACCAAGCUUUAAAGGAGGAGACACAGGCGGACGACGAGGAGCAAAUUGAGUCCAGUAAAAAGCCAGAAGACCCCAAGCAACUGUCUGUGAUAACAAACCACACUGGCAACAACACUAAGGUGGAGGAAACAACUGAUCCAAAGGAGCCGAGCUCCCUCAUCCUACCCAUUCGUAGGAGCCGCAGCACGAGCACCAAUAGCCGGAGCAGCACUGUGAGCUCCGCAUCGCAGCCCCAGCUGGUCAUCGAUCAUCCGGAGAGCGAGCACAAUGCCAGGGUGCAGACACUGAAGCUUUCCCUGAAGCGCAGGCGCAGCAAAAGUUCCUCCGCCAGCCAAGCCGAUAAGCAGCCAAAGGUCGAGGCAGCCGGCUCCGUCUCCUCGCUGCUCCUGCAACGCCUCCAAGGGAACACCAAUGUGGGCCCACCCGUUGUCCCUGCGGAAAGCCAAGUCCUAAGUUGCGCAAAGUGCAAUCUGCAGUUCAAGUUCGAAAGCUUUCAGCUGUUGAACGAGCAUCAGGCCCAGUGUAGCGGGAUCACGAGUGGGAGUACGAGCAGUUCUCAGGUGCCACUAAGAAAGGAGCGCUUCUUCCGCUGCGCCCAGUGCAGCAGCGUGCACCAGUGCUGGCACUUUUUCCUUCACAUGCGGGAAGUACACCAGCGCUACAUCUGCCUGUACUGCAACCAUGUGUAUCCGAGUGUGGAGAAGCUGUCGCUGCAUUUGGAAAACAAGCACGACAUCGACCAGAGCCACUUUGCCAAGGAUGCGUGGGCAUUGCAGCAGAGGACUGAGGAUAGGGCGAGGCAUCUCGUCUGCUGCACGUGCCAAGCCACCUUUGUGCAGGGCUCAGAGUUUGAGGAUCAUGAUUGCUCCCAGCUGAUGCAGCCGUGUGCUUUGUGCGGCCAAAAAGGUGGACAUGCUACGGGUUGUAAGAAUAACAAGCGAAAACCGGUAAGAAGGCGGAGAAAGGUGCGAAAGCAGCCAGAACCGCCUCUGCCACUUCCGCAGGAAGUGCUGGCACAGUCCGCGCCGAUGGAGGUGAUUCCGGAGCAGGAGUCACUACAUUUGCAGCUGCCACCGGAACACCAGUAUCUUUUCCCAGUAGAGAACAUUCCAGCGCCUGAACCAGUCGAAGACCCUCCAGCGCCCCCUAUUCCCAAGUUGGUUGUCCCCAAGAUCAUGUUGCGGGUGCCCAAAGAGUUCCAGAAGUCUGUGGAUGCUGCUCUAAGCAGUACGGAUACGGAGGAUGAAGAGUUAGACACAACGCAACCGCUGGAAGAAGCUGUAUUAGCACCACCAGAGGAUUUGCCUAUUGAGGCACCACUCCCUCCACCGCCAGCGUUUAGCUUCGAUGACUCGACCUCGGCGAAGUUAAAUCGCGUUCUGGCGGAAUUGGAGCGCACCAAGCUGGACAUUGAGCGAACCAAGGCGGAUAUAAUCACAAAAAAGCAGGCCAAGGUGAUCAUGGCCCAUGCAGAGGAAGAAAAUGUUGUGCCAGAAAUGGUGGAUCCUCCACAGCAGCUGCAGCCUCAGCCGGAGGAGCAGCGUCGCUGGUCUCUUACGCCGCCUGCGUCGCCUCACAACAAUCACGUCAACCUGCCCGUGCCGCCGCCAGAUGUAAUUACUGAUUUCCAAGAUCGGGUCGAUGCAGUGCGUCGCAACAGUCUCGGCAGUGAUUGCAUGGACAUAGACGACAGCUUGAAUGGACCGGAGACGGAGGAUAGUAGAGAUCAGCCAGAGGAACAGGAUAAAUCUUUUGAACCUGCACAACCUUUACAGGAAAGCCAUUUCGAGCCGAUUCCCAUUCAGCCGCUUCCACCUGCCGAUGGAAUUAUGGUGGCUGGAGCCGACACGCACACGGUGGAUCUGCAACUAGAUCGUCCUCUGGACCGGUUUUCGAUGGUGGAUUUUGUGCGACUGUGUUUAAAAUCAGUGUACUCCGUUUGCCUGUAUUGCAACCACGCACGGCGUAUUGCGGUAAAUGGAAAGCAGCUUGUGCUUCAUUUAAUCAGCCAGCACAGAUUUACGGCCACAGUGGACAGCAUUACGGCAGAGGAGUUGCAUGCCGAGACGAUUGUCGCAAGGCUCAAAAGUUUUUUGCCAAACCUGGAGAGCGAAUACAUGAAUUCAGCCAGCUGCUGCAGUGUGGAGGAUGGCAAGUAUGUGGAGCCGUUUAACGAGCGGAUCUACGAGUGCUUCACCUGCCGCUACGUAACUUCCACGCACAAGGAACUGUAUACCCACAACAGGAGGCUGCACAUCAAGUCGAACAUAACGUGCGUCAUGUGCCAGACGAACUUCUACAGCUACAGCGAGAUUCUGUGCCACAUUUGCCCGGGUGAGGUGGCCGGGAGUAUAUAUGACCUCCAGUUCCGGUGCUGCCUGUGCGAGAUGGCUCCACUGCCCUCCGCCUUCAGGCUGAUGGUGCAUCUGAGGAAACAGCACCAGGCUUGCGACAUCUGUCUGGAGGAUUGCCAGAGCCAGGCAAAGCUUUCGGCGCACGUGUGGAAGCACAAGCUGCUGCACUUGUGCUAUCGCUGCGGUAUUGCCUAUCGCAACAAACAGGACAUCUCAAAGCAUUUGUUUUGGAAGCACGGAACGGAGAGUGCAGGCUGCAAGCAAUGCCUGCAGAAGCGCUGGCGCCAUGUCUACCACUUUUGCGUGCCGCCCGCGCAGUUUCCAUGUGAGCAGUGCGGCUUCGUAUUUAGCAAGGCAAUCUACCUGGAGGUGCAUCAACGAAUGCAUUCUGGGGAUUUCCGCUAUGCGUGCACGGAAGAAGACUGCGAGGAGAAGUUUGUGUCGCGCAAGCUGCUCCUAAAGCACGCCAGCAGUCAUGUGGUAAAGGAACUGCCGCAAGCAGUUUCCGAUGAACCGACGAAUGACGGAGCGACGGCCGAAAAUCUGGAAGAGAUCAAGAAAGAAGCUGAAGAGGGUGAGGAAACGAAAGACGGAAAGCAAAAAGAGCAGGAGCACCUUGCUGAGGCCGAAACCAAUAAGGAGUCUACCAAAAAAGAGGAGUCGGACAAAAAGGAGAGUGUGAAAGAGCAGGCAGUCAGUAAAUCAGAGAGUCGCAAGCGCCGUAAAAAGUCCAAGCGCAACAAGGAAUCCCUUGAGGACCUCAACCUCAUCGCACCCAACCUUUCAGAAUCGGAUAGCAGCGAUGACAGCGAUUCCGAUGCGCCGAGAAGCAAUCAUCAGGAGCAGCUCGUGCUGCCCAUGCGAUCUUCUGUGGAUGAUCUGGGCAUGCCAAAAGUGAUGCUGUCACCAUCUUCAGAGAGUGAUGCUGAUGAAGCAGAUGGCAAGCCCAAACUUGUGGACAAACCUUCAGACGCCUUGAAAGAAGAAAAUAAGCUUGAGGAAAGCAAAGUCGAUGAAGAUUUGGAGCCCAAGAAGGAGGAAGACCAAGUAGAUGUGUCGAUCUGGAAAAACCUCCUGCAAAAUCAGGCUUCCAAUCCCGAAGAACAGGCUGUUAAGGAGGAGGAAAGGGAAGCCAUGGUGGUCAAUCUGCCGCCCAACAAGCUUCAUGUGGCCUGGUCUGAUCACGAUUACUGCAAGCUGCACCGCACGCCUCCACCCUCGCCCGUUAAACAAAAAUCGACAAACAAAUCGUCCAGCAAAACGCCUGGUCAGAAUGCCUCUAGCGAAAGCGACAGUUCCAGCAGCUCCAGCUCUUCGGAUUCGGAUUCUUCGAGCUGCUCCUGUGGCUCCAACUGCAGCUGCAGUUCCAGCAACAGCAGCAGUUCUAGCGAUGACUCCGACGACUCGGACAGCUCUAAUGCUCGAGGAUCGCCACAGAAGCGGGCUCGGAAGAAAUCCCUGAAGCAGAAAAAGAGCUCCGAAUCACUCAAAAAGGGACAGCAAAGCGAGCGAGAUCCCGAGGAGAACGUUAAUGUUACUCCUGAGAAUAAGAAUAAUCCUGCUGCUCCUCCUUCGCCAAAGCCACCCAUGUACAACGAGUCGGAUUUCGAUACUGCUUUCUCGGAUACAGACGAGGAGUUCUACGACUCCCAUCCCCAGAAACUGGCCAACGAGCUGCUGGCCCAGAAGCGCGAGGCUCUCUUGGCGGAGCAUGCUCCACUGCGUCCGAGCAACAAUUACGACAUUGUGGAGAACAGUCGUCCUUCGACUCCUUCUCUUCCGGAGGAGGCAUCUGCUUUUGCGGAGAAACGGGAAAGAGUGAGAAACAAGAAAAAGAAGCGGGAACGAAAGUCCACAUGUAAAUCUGGCAAGAUGCCACCAAUGGCCAGUACCCCUCUACCUAUGGAUGGAAUUAGUGGAAUGGUAGCGCCUGUGGAGCCGCCUACUCCUCUGCAAUCUCACCCAGAAUCUCUGUUUCCCAUCACCCCACUAACUCAUCGCAAUCUGCAAUCUUCGAUGACCCGGAUGAGUGAGGGCAGCAGCUGCUCCGAUGCCGAUGGCCAACUUAAGCGUUCGAAACGGCAGCGAAGACCGAACAAGUUCUACGGUUACACGAGCGACGAUGAGAACAUGAGCGCCAUUUUAGCGCCACCGCUGCAGGUGGGAAUGCAGCUCAUUAAGCCACAGCCACCACCACAAUUGACCUGGGCCAAGGAGGAUCUGCCCACACCGCCCAAGCAGCGCAGCAGGAAUAACAAUGGCAGCGGACACCACCAUCACUCGCACAGCAAUGGUGGAAGUUCAUUCGCUGGAUCUUCACGAAAGCGGAGUAAGCAGCGAUCGCUGCACGGCGCAGGAGGAUCUCGUUCAGCAAAGCGCCACAAGCCUGAUCGGGAGGAUCACUUGCCACCCAUUCCAACGCUUAAGAUCCGGCCCAGCUUGCUGCCCAGCACUGCUCCGCCGACGGACAGCAGUGACAGCAGCUCGGAAGACGAGGAUGCGGAGAUUAAUGUGACAAGUUUGAUAGCGACUCCGCAACCGGCUCCUCCUCCAGUUCUGCCAACGCCUCUGCCGGUGGCUCUGCCAGUCCAGCCACCUCCACCACCGCCUCCUGCGGCCACCGCUUUCAAUCAGCCUAUUCCACCCGCUCUGCUGCCAAAUCCCGGAUUUGCCACGCUGCAGUACUUUAAGGCCAACAACAUACGGUAUCCCAUUCGACCGCCGGCAGGAGCUCGUCUUGCCCGCGAGGGUGAAUCCGUGUACUGCUACUGCCGCUGUCCGUACGACGAGGUGUCCGAGAUGAUCGCCUGCGACGGGGACAACUGCCUGAUCGAGUGGUUCCACUUCGAGUGCGUGGGCAUCAUGGUAGCGCCGCAGGGCAAGUGGUUCUGCGCCGAGUGCAGACCGAAGUACUCGGAAGGUAUCUAUCAGGGCACCAAGCCCACAUGAACGAACACGGAUUAACUGCAUCAUUGGUUCCUCCUACCACAAAGAAUCAACUAUAACUACAAACCCCACUACAGAAUGGAUUACGCUUAUUAAUUGAUAAAAACAUGUAGUCGCUGAUUCUCGGCGAUCGGUUGAGAAGAAGAUAAAUAUAUCUUAUCUAAACUACUAAAAAAACAUCUAGAGUAAUAAAGUAACGUAUUUGUAAAAAUUGAGGUCAGAUGUAACCCCAGGCUCAAAGUAGCUCUCCGAGGAGAGCCUAAGCUAAGCUAAUGCUAAUUCAAAUAUCUGCAACAAGCUUAUCAAAUGAUAUAUAUAUAUUUCUAUAUUCACUUAAUUGUAUGUAAAUAUCGAUGGCUGCAUAUUUCGUAUGCACUUUGUAAAAUAGCUAGAGUACGCGAGAGAUCCCAUAAACACUUAGGCAAUAGGGCUUACACUUAUAAAUAGCAGUCCCCCAAGUAUAGUACAUAACUAAAUCUACAUAUAUAUACAUGUAAUGACUAUGAUUAGAACACAAACAAAUCGAAAUCCAUCUGCAAAUCGGAAUGGAUUAUGAGAGAAAUAAACAUGCAACAUUGUGAGACGUAUACAACAAAACCAUCAA